GAAAACCACAUCCUUAGUUUACAGACUAGUCAUUCAACGUCGACACUUCUCAGCAUGAAUUCUAAUCCUAAUUGUACCAAAGAAUUAUAACAAUGUUCUGUAAAAACCUACUGCCAGUUUUUAAGUUAUUAAUUAUAUUUAUUUAUUUAUUUUUAAGUAGUGAUGGGUAUAAUUUAAAUGUCGAUGAAGCUAUAGUCUUCAAAGACCCAUUCAAACGUCCCAGAGAUCGGGGGAGUUAUUUCGGGUACUCUGUUGCGUUGUACAGUGAUGAGUUUUAUCAAAAUCCAGCGGUGAUUGUUGGAGCUCCCCGAGCUAAUGUUAGUGCAAUGUAUGUCAAUGAGCCUGGAAGUGUUUUUAAGUGUACUUUUGAUGGACGAUGUCGAGAAUGGAUAGUAGAAGAUAGUAAGAAUGGCAGAUUAGGUGGAAUGUAUGGUAGCCAGAUUAGAGAUUUUUCAUGGCUGGGUGCUACUAUUUCCGUAGAAAAUCACAUACAUCCUAGAGUUGUGGUAUGUGCUCCCAGAUGGAAAAUAAAACUAUCAACAGAAGUCUACAUGAAUGGAUUGUGUUACUACUCGAAGAUUGACACUCCAGAUAAAUUUAACCGAAGCAACGACAUCUGGAUAAAGUCUAUGACGGAUUAUCAUUUACAAACGUCAAGAGCUAAAAACGGCCAGGUAUAUUAUCACUACGGCAUGGGACAAUUGGGAAUGUCUAUGCAUGAAUUCCACACUGAUGGAAGUUGGAAUAUUAUGCUGGGAAGUCCUGGAGCUUUCAGUUGGUAUGGAACGCCUGUUUUGGUUACUGAAGAAUCUUAG